AUGGAACAUCAUACUUCCAAUUCACUCUACGGCGAUCACGUUCGUCCAGGAAGUUUACCAGGAUCUUCAUCGUCGUCCUCCGGGUCUCAAGCACAUAGAAAACAUAAGGCUGAAAAUGACACUCCGGACCAAGCACUCCAAUAUGCCACAAAGGAAAUAAUUUUGUCAUCUUUGUUUCCUCCGUCGAACGAUGCCUCCAAAUGGAAAUACGUUCUUAAGGUUGUCCAACAACCGGUUCGAGCGCGUAUGUGUGGAUUCGGUGAAAAG